GCGACGCAGCAGCGGCGCUAUAAAGCCCUCUCGGUGCUGUGGAUGGAAGCGCGGCGCAGAACCACAACCAGACAAGAGACAAAGAAUUAAAGAAGCAAAAAAUACAAACACUGACUUAAACUAAAACAUGGUGAAGAUCACCUUCCAGUCAGUUUCGGCACAGAAGCCCGACAAAGACCAGGAUGUGGACAAGAUUACUAUACCCCAGGCUCACGGGCGGUUGGUUCCUCCUAUGAAGCCCAGGAAGCCCUUUCCAACAGGCUUGUGCUGCAUCGCCAUUGGCCUGGUCAUUUUCACACUUGGACUAGUGUUGCCUUCCAUUUACAUUUAUCGCUACUAUUUUAUGUCCCAGCAGAUCCCAGAGGACAGCUUGUUUCACUGUCGGGUCAUCUACGAGGACUCUGUGUACGCUCCCCUGAGAGGACGCCAAGAACUGGAGGAAAACGUGAGCAUCUACCUCGAGGAGAACUAUGAGCAAAUCAGCAUUCCAGUCCCUCAUUUUGGGGGCAGUGACCCAGCAGAUAUCGUCCAUGACUUCCAGAGGGGCCUCACAGCCUAUUAUGACAUUGCAUUGGACAAGUGCUACAUCACCGAGUUAAAUACGACUGCUGUGAUGCCUCCACGCAGCCUGUGGGAGCUACUUGUCAAUGUCAAGAGGGGGACAUACCUUCCCCAGACCUACAUCGUCCAGGAAGAGAUGGUGGUGACUGGCAGGUUGAGGAACAUGAGACAGCUGGGCCCCUUUAUCCACAGGCUCUGCUUCGGCAAAGAGACAUUCCGCCUUAGACGCCGCAACCAGCGCCAACGUAUCGAGAGACGUGAGACAAAGAAGUGCCACAGAAUUCGUCACUUUGAGAACACUUUUGUGGUUGAGACCGUCAUCUGCGACCGAUUCUAAAAUCAGAGGCGGAAAUCACAGCCAUGCGACACUGAAGCCAAUUUCAAACCAUACCUCUAGAAUUUCUUAUCCCUUAAGCUGCACUUUAAGAGCAAAAUGUUGUCCUUUAUUAUUAGUUUCAGACUUUUUGUCCCAUUUUUGCUCUUUUUUUUUUUUUAUUGUUAAUUGUUAAAUUUGAAGUCAGAUUGUACAUGUGUGAUGUUUGGAUUUCUCUGUAGAUUGUCUUGUAGAACAAAGAUAGUAAGCUCAGUCUAAUCAGUCAGUCUGUGAGAUUCACAUCAGAAAACAAGAAUAGUUCUUGUCGUUUCUUGUUAAUAUAUGUUCCCUUGGUUAUUUUUUUUUAUUUCUUUAAAAGGAAAACAUACCUCAUGUAGUAAAGAUGUUAAUUUUUCUUGUUAUUUUCAUUACAGAAUUGUGUAUAUAACUGGUUGUUCCUAAGCAAUAUAUAUAUCUAUACAUAAUGUAAAUUAAUUUUCUUCUUAUUAUCACAUUGUUACAUGCAUAGAUUUUUAUCAAACUCGUUUUUGUGAGAUAUCAUUGAUUUGUGGUUUAUUCUUUUUUCCUUUGGUAUCACACUUUCCUACUCCUUUGGUUAUUAACGGCUUUAGACUGUAAUUAGUAGCAGUGCUGUAGAGGGACAAAGGGAACCAAAGUCUGCAGUCAGUGAUGCUACACAUAGCUGUAAGGGAUAUAAUAUUUAUAUUGAAGAGUGCUUUAUAGUUUAGUUCACUUACUGUAGAAGAUAUCAAAGGCAAAAAUCAACUUUGUUUUGAUCUUCCUUCUCCUCACUGAGAUUUAGCUGUUUGUCUUUAACAAUCGCCUCCUCUCAAUCCUUUCUACCUUUCAUUUUCUGCAGUGUUGAUGUGUCUUGUCAUCAAUAACAUUUUUGGGUCUGUUAAAUACGUAUAUGUGCUCAUAUUUAACUGUUUUUGACACUAUCUUACUGUACAGUCUAAAUUCUCUUGUAAGAUCUUGCUGCUUUGAGAAUAAACUAUCAAACUUU